UGUCUUGGCAACCGUCGAACCUUUGCAAGGCAGCAACAGGUAUUUGGAAACCUUUGGACUCAUAACAAACACUUUCAAUAGCUUUCCACCUCUGACAAGGGCCAAGCCUGCUGAUCUUUGAUCACAAUGCGUCAAGCAGGAAGUGAUGGGAGUAGUUUGCGUUUACGCUGUGUAAGGAAGAAACGUUCGCCACUCAUGGAAUAAUGCCACUGGAGCAAAGCUGACAGAUUUGUGGCUCAAAAACAAAUUGGUUUGGCGUGAGAGUGCUGUUCAAGAAUUUACCACAAAAGUUAAAAAGAUAGAAAAUGUUGGGAAACUCUCGCCCCUAUUCUUAUACUCCGAGGGGUUUCUCACCAGAAGAGCUCCCUCAGUCGAGGUGGGCUUUCCAACAAGAUGAUUCCAGAGGAUCCUCACCUCAGAGCUCGCAGAGAAACUUGCCCAGACUGACUUCCAAAUCCAUAUACAUGCGGCGAAAGGAGUACUCGGAGGUGCUGAGCAAGCAGGCAGACAACUUUAACGUCAGAGUGGAGCACCUGCUCACCUGCGAGCUGGACGGCCAGCAGCUGACCACUGUGGACGACUGCGUGGCCAAGAUCAAGCGACUGAACGCCAAAGGUCGCCUGUGGCCUCAAGACAUGGUCAUGGAGGUGCAAGGAGGCUACCUGUUGCUCCUUGACAGAGAGAACAAAUCAGAGCUGGAGGUUGUACCGCUGAUCAACAUCCAGCACACCGACGCUGUGUUAGACAGCUGCGCUUACGACUCGCUGCUAUUGGUCACCGCCAGGGAACGCAGCAAGCGCAAUCCCCAGGUCUUCAUUUUCCAGUGUGAGGAGACUGCAGCAGACCUCCUCAAGAGUGACCUAGAUAAGUUUGUCCAAAAGGGAAACGGUCCUGUGGCGCCACCCAGAGAGCAGCCACUCAUCCGGAGUAACUUCGGUCUGCAAGCUCCUGAGAGCUUCCGGCAGGCCUACCCUCGUGCUGUGCCAGACAGAAGCUCACCGCUGGAGCGGCCUAUCCCGCAGUGGGCUGACAGAGAACCUGGAAGUUUUCAUCAGCCUGCACCUCGUGUUGCGCAGCGAGAAAGAACCCCACCCCCGCCAAUGUGGGCCCACAAAGAACCUGACAUUCCUCCUCUCCCUUAUUUUAACCCCCCACAAGGGGAAGCCGGGUACCAGAGUGAUCUCGGUGGAUCCCGCAACACUCCAGAUGUUGCCGAUCAGACAGAUGUUGAGAGGAACACGGAGAUUUUAAACCAUGUUUUGAACGAUCUGGAGAUCUUCUUGGGCAAGGUGCUCACUGUGGGGACUGCGACUCCCUCGCAGAUUGACAAAAGCAAAAAGAAAGGCGUGUUUAUCAAGAAGAAGAACCACGACAGCCCAGCUGCCCAACUGCCUCCUCCUCGGGAAUUUAUCUCCUGUCUUCAGAAAAUCAAAUAUGGACUCAAUCUGUUGGGCCAGCUGGAUGGCACACUGGUCAACACCACCGCCUCGGACUACAUUCACUUUUUCUUCAGCAGUUUAGCAACAAUUCUGCCUCACUACAAUUCCCAACUGCCCCGAGUCGCGGUUUCCCCCCUGCUGACGGAGUCGUCCCUGCGCCUGCUCAGACAGGUGGUCAACCCGGAGGAGGACCAGCUCUGGAGGUCUAUGGGAGACAGCUGGAACAUCCCCAGGUCUCGAUGGCCCGAUGAUGACAUCCCGCCUUACAUCCCAGAGUUCUAUGACGGCUGGCGGCCAUCUGCUCCCCCACACAAGGCCGCCCAACUACCUUAUCAGAACGGCCAAUUGAGCAGGAGCAGCAACCAGCACGUACUACCGGGACGACGCGACGGCAACACAGAGGAAGGUCGCGACCGCAUGCAUGUCAUCUAUGACUUCAUGGCUCGCAACAACAGGGAGCUCACUGUUAUGAAGGGCGAAGUGGUUGAGGUGGUUCAAAGGUCCAAGCAAUGGUGGCUUGUGCGUAACAACCAUGCAGAGGAAGGCUACGUUCCUCAGAAUGUUCUGGAGCCUUUGAGCAGUGGCUUGGCCAUGGAGCGGCCACCUCGCGGCCCCCCAACACUCGACAUAAUCUCGUCACCUGCAGAGGUGAGAGCCUGGCUGCAGUACAGAGGCUUCUCCAAAAUCACCGUGGCCAGCCUCGGCGUGCUGACUGGUAAAAUGCUGCUGCAGAUGGGCAAGGAUGAGAUGAGGACUGUGUGUCCGGAAGAAGGAGCCAAGGUCUUCUUCCAACUUCAAGCUAUUAAAUCAUCUAUCGCGCUUGCCAGUGAACCAUCAGACCUGUAUGAUGCCCGCUACUAAGCACACUUUUUUUUUUUUCCUCAAUCUUCAUCCACUGAUCAGCAUCUGAAAUUUGGUCGAAUCAUUUAGCGUUAUGAAUCCUAUAUCUUAUGUGAGGUAUGUUUUGGUUAAGUGUA